CUUCCUCGUCGGAACUCUUAGAAUUCCGUCUCAGCCACAGCCCCACCUCCGCCGCCAUCUCUCUCUCUCUCUCUCUCUAUACACUCUGUAUCUCUAGAUACCUUUCUUUGGGAACACAAAAACUAAACCCUCCCUUUGAUUUCAAUACAAAGAACUGAUAACUCAGCCUGUCAUAGGUGCACCGUGCACUGAUUAAACCAAGAGCUGCCCUCAUAUUUGUUGAGCUGAAGCUGAUUAAUAUUGUGACAAUGGGCACUUCAGAAGCAAUUGUACAAGUUCUAUCAGGGGCUGUGCCUCACCUGUUUCAUUCUGAUCCAUGUUUUGUAAAGUCAAACUUGUUGCUUUCUUUUAAAUACCAUGUAAAUAGUAGAAGGAAAAGAGGUUUGGUGGUAAUACAAAGGGUGAAUUGUUCAAGAAAAUUAACCAAUUGCAUGAGGAUCUAUGCACUUGACGGCGUACAUGGUAUUUCCCAUGGAAAGACUAGAAAUGACCGUUUGGAGUCCCUGAGCUGCAAAUGUCAACAGGCUGGAGGUGCGAGUGCAGUAACUGAAGAAGAUGGACAAGGAACUGUGAUUAAUGGCACUGGUCGUGUUUGGAACAGUAAAAAAGAUGAGGUGAUUCAACAGUUGAAACAUGAAAGUGGGGGUCUUGCAGCUGUUAGCAAGUUAAAAACAGCGGGAGCAAUUAAUGAUACACUGAACAGGGUUGGUGUAGAUUCCAUGGAGGAUGAAGCAUGGAAUCUAUUACGAGCAUCGGUUGUGUAUUAUUGUAGCAACCCUAUUGGAACUAUUGCUGCCAAUGAUCCUACGGACUCUAGUAUUCUGAACUAUGAUCAAGUCUUUAUUCGUGACUUCAUUCCUUCUGGGAUUGCUUUCUUAUUGAAGGGAGAGUAUGAUAUUGUAAGAAAUUUCAUCCUUUACACCCUUCAGUUGCAGAGCUGGGAGAAAACCAUGGACUGCUAUAGUCCUGGUCAAGGAUUAAUGCCUGCCAGUUUCAAGGUGCGCACACUUCCACUUGAUGGUGAUGAUUCUGCUACUGAAGAAGUUCUGGAUCCUGAUUUUGGUGAGGCCGCAAUUGGUCGUGUUGCACCAGUUGAUUCUGGUUUGUGGUGGAUUAUCUUGUUGCGAGCAUAUGGAAAAUGCUCUGGAGACCUUUCAGUUCAGGAGAGGAUUGAUGUGCAAACUGGAAUUAAAAUGAUAUUAAAGCUAUGUCUUGCUGAUGGUUUUGAUAUGUUUCCGACAUUAUUAGUGACGGAUGGUUCUUGCAUGAUUGAUCGCCGUAUGGGAAUUCAUGGCCAUCCUUUGGAAAUUCAGGCAUUGUUUUAUUCAGCAUUACUUUGUGCUCGUGAGAUGCUUGCUCCUGAGGAUGCAUCUGCUGACCUUAUCAGGGCGCUUAACAACCGUCUAGUUGCAUUAUCAUUUCACAUAAGGGAGUAUUACUGGACCGAUAUGAGUAAACUCAAUGAAAUCUACCGCUACAAGACUGAGGAAUAUUCAUAUGAUGCAGUCAACAAGUUCAAUAUCUACCCAGAUCAGAUUCCUCCGUGGCUGGUGGAAUGGAUGCCUAAUAAGGGAGGCUAUUUGAUUGGAAAUUUGCAGCCAGCUCACAUGGACUUCCGUUUCUUCUCUCUAGGAAAUUUGUGGUCUAUUGUAAGCAGUCUUGCAACCGAUGAUCAGUCGCAUGCCAUAUUGGAUCUUAUUGAAGCAAAAUGGGCAGACUUAGUAGUUGAUAUGCCGUUGAAGAUAGUUUAUCCUGCUCUUGAGGGCCAGGAGUGGCGAAUUAUUACAGGAAGUGAUCCAAAAAACACGCCUUGGUCUUACCACAAUGGAGGUUCCUGGCCAACUUUACUGUGGCAGCUCACUGUGGCAUGCAUAAAGAUGAACAGACCAUGGAUUGCUGAAAAUGCCAUCAAGACAGCUGAGAGACGCAUAUCUAGAGACAAGUGGCCUGAGUAUUACGACACCAAGCGAGCAAGAUUCAUCGGAAAACAGGCACGCCUCUUUCAAACGUGGUCGAUUGCAGGGUAUCUUGUGUCGAAGCUCCUCCUUGCCAACCCAGAUGCAGCGAAGAUUCUAAUAAAUGUAGAGGAUACAGAGCUUGUGAAUGCCUUUUCUUGCAUGCUCAGUUCCAACCCAAGGAGGAAGCGUUCCCGGAAAGGAUUGAAACAGAGCUACAUUGUGUGAAAAACUAAUAUUCCAACCACAAUACUAGGUGAAAUAGGAGAUAAUGCACUGUUAUAGGGUUAAUUAUAGGAGACUGUUAAUCUUGUAUAUCGAUUCUUGUGGCACAGUCAUUGUAUCUUUUGGGCAGCCCUAUUGCUGGAGCGAUCAUGACUUUUUUUUGUGAAAGGACAGAACUGCCCUCAAAGAAAAUAUGUUCGCAUAACAUUCUUCACACGAAAUCGUCUUGUUCAAAGCCAUGGCUACCCUACCAAUAGAGGUACUCAUUUUUUUUUAUAAAAAAUUUUAGGCGAGUUACAAGCAUUGUAUCUGUCUUGCUUCUUAUAUGCAGUAUGUUAAAAGAAAUUAUUGUGGACAAACUAUUGGUAGCAUCUUAGUCUUUUUGCCACCUGAU